ACCUGCGUAACCAUCUCAAGGGCGACUUUAUGGAUCCAGCAUUCUUUCCAAGACACUCCUUUUACGCAGUUAAAUAACUCAACCUUUAGGUUCACCUUCGUCCUGUCAUUCCCAUGGAGGGGAAAAAAAAAAAACUGGACAGGUGAUCGCUUGCUUUUGGGACGGCGACUGAGUAAAGACGUGACUUUCGGUGACAGAACAUGGCCGUGUACAAGCCAAAGGUGAUUUCUCUAACCAAGAGGCCCGGUCAGACGUUCGGCUUCUACUUGAGGUUGGAGCACGGUGAGGAAGGUCACCUGAUCCGCUGCCUGGAGAUGGGAGGUCCGGCCGAGCUGGCCGGCAUGAAAGACGGGGACCGCGUUCUCAGAGUCAACGGCAAAUUUGUCGACGGGCUUUCCCAUUCGGAGGUGGUGGAGUUGGUGAAAAGCAGCGGGGCGACCGUAGCCUUCCACACACUGGACGAAGCUUCCUAUAAGCACGCCAAGUCGCAGGGGGUGAACCUGGAAGAACCUCAACCAACGCCUGCUUUCAACGGUGUGGGGCAUCAAGCUCCAAAAGCAAGACUCUGCUACCUGGUUAAAUCUGGGGCAGACUAUGGUUUCUCCCUUCGUUCAGUCAAAGGCGAGCAAGGCGUGUCCGUGACCGAGGUGGUUCCCGGAGGCGUGGCGGACCGGGCCGGCGUCAAAACCAAUGACCGCCUCUUGGAAGUGAACGGCGAAAACGUCGAGAAAGACACGCACGAGCGCGUGGUGGAUAAAGUCAAGAAGGCGGGCAAGAGCCUCAUGUUCCUACUUUCCGACGCAGAAACAGACCGCUACUACCACAACCUGAAAAUGAAGGUCGGCACUAGCUCUGCUACUACCGAGUGCCUGCCUUGCCAGCCUCGCAUCGUGCAGUUGACCAAAGCGCCCAGCGGAUACGGCUUCCUUCUCCGGGAGGAACCGGACAUGACAGGUCACGUGAUCACCGAGAUAGACAAAGGCAGCCCGGCUGAGCGUGGAGGUCUGAAGGACAAGGACAGAGUAGUGGCUGUGGAUGGCCUACAGGUGGACGCGUACACUCACGAGCAAGUGGUGGACGCUAUCAGGCAGAGCGGCAAUAAAUGCUGCCUCCUAGUGGUGGACAAAGACACGGACCUCAUGUAUGCUCAGGGUAAAGUGUCACCCAUGCUUUUCUGGGAGGAGAAGAAGGACACUCUUUUCCCGCCCAGUUACUCGGAAGCCACCAACUUCCCCGACUUGUAUAAAGCACCCACGCCUGCUGAGGAAAGGAAGGACGAGGAAGAAAUCGAGAUUAAACUCAAGUUGUGUAAAAUGGAAAAGACUGCUGCGGGAUUUGGUUUCCAUCUCAACGGCAUCCAAGGGGUGUUCGGACAGUACAUCAAAGAGGUGGUGAAGGGUGGCGCCGCCGACGUCGCCGGCUUGGAGGAUGACGACGUAGUGGUGGAGGUGAAUGGGAAGAACGUGGAACACUGCACGCACGAGGAGGUGGUGGAGUUGAUCCGUGCCACGGGAAACGAGUUGGAGAUGCUCGUGGCUGCCAAGAACGUAUACGAACGUCUCAAGCUCAGGAGGACGCCCAUCACGCGGCAGCUCAUCGGCGAGACUUUGCGGGCGCAAGUACACAGCCAAGAUCGGGAAUGCGAAGAUCAGGAAUGCGAAGUUCUGGAAUGUGAAAAUCAGGAAGUCGUGCUGCCGGCCAAAGCGAGGACUUCAUCGGAGUCUUCAUCUUCAUCUUCUCAUAGCAUGGAUGACAGACUGUAAGAAACAACAACAUGACCGUGCCAAGUAUUCCUAACAAUCAUCAUCUGGGACCGAAAAAGACAAACUAUGCUUACUGGACUGGUACACCAAUUUAUCAUACAUUCGACAUGUUUACUCAACUAAUUUGUUUCGAAUAGUCAUGCAUGCACUGAACUUGAAUAAUUUCCUUAACAUCAAGUUCUUGACAAUAUUUUCCAAUGCUUUGAAUUUGUAAGCAGUUCAAAAGGAUUUUAUAAAUAUAUAUAUUUAUCAGUGAUGCUGAAAAUGCAAUUAAUGUUAAUCUAUUUUAUUUUAGUUUAUAAAGUUUGGAAAGAUGUUAAAAUAAGGGGCUCGGUGCUUGUAGGCCAUACUGUUGAUAAUUUUUUUUUUUUUUUUUUAAUUGUUAGACAUCCAAUCGUGUGGCGCCCAAUCGUCCUUCUGCUGUAAAUUUGAAUGAAUUUGUCACUAGUAGACAUCCAAUCAGUUUGCACUCGUAGGGCUAGUGGUGAAUGAACAUUUGUUCAAAGUUUGUUCUGCUUACCUAAAACCAUUAAUUAACAUAAAUUUUUCAAAGGUUUUGUUUACAGUGUAAAUUCAUGUUACUCUAACACUGAAAAAGUGCCAUUUCCCUGCUGCUUUUAUUUAAUACUAAAGAAAUACACAGUAAAAUCAAACAAAUUAAAGAACAAAUGACAUAUUUAAAAAUAAAAAAUGAAGCAAUU